GUUUCUGGGGACAUUGGAUGUGAAUGGAAUUUAGGUAGCAUUCAUCGAACUGUGAAUAUCUGUGGAGACACAUGGUGGCGCUGCAGGAUAAAGUUACAGAAAAAAAUACAUUAAAUGCUGCAGACACGCAGCCCAAGUGAGCACAGCAAACUAGGAAGAAACAACAAGCCACGGAGGUGCUACCUAGAAAUCACUUAUCCUUCGGAUUCUGAGGAUUCUGUGGGCAAAUCAAGGGGCACGUUUUUCAGAACUGUAUGGUGGAGCAGAAGCGAUUCUGCCAGAAGCCUGCUGGGAAGGAGCUAUGGAGAACAGAGGGGGAAGCUAUCUGCAGACCAGGCAAGUCCUGCUUCUCUUUGUUUGGCUGGGAAUGUCUCAAGCUCACGCUGAGCCUGGGAGGCUUUCAGUGGUGGAGGAAACGCUGAGUGGGGCCAUGGUGGGGAAUUUGAUGAAGGACCUGGGGCUGGAGGUGGCUGAGCUGUCUUCUCGAGGGGCUCAGGUGGCCUCUAACGAUAACAAACUGCCUUUGCUUUUGAACGUAAAUACAGGAGAUUUGCUCCUAAGUGAACCGCUAGACCGGGAGGAGCUGUGUGGCUCCACCCAGCCCUGCGUGCUGCAUUUCCAGGUGCUAAUGAAAAACCCCAUACAGAUUUUGCAAGCCGAGCUUCAGGUCAUGGAUAUAAAUGACAACUCCCCCACAUUCUUGGAAAAGGAAAUGAUUCUCGAAAUCCCAGAGAAUAGCCCCGUUGGUGCUGUGUUCUUACUAGAAAGUGCGACCGAUUUAGAUGUAGGGAUCAAUGCUGUAAAAAGCUAUGCCAUAAGCCAGAGCUCUCAUUUCCACGUUACAAUGAGAGUUAAUCCAGAUGGCAGGAAAUACCCAGAGUUGGUUUUGGACAAGGCGCUGGAUUAUGAGGAGCAGCCCGAGCUCAGUCUCAUCCUCACCGCCUCGGAUGGUGGCACUCCACCCAGGUCUGGGACGGCCUUGGUUCGAGUGAGAGUCAUAGAUGCUAAUGACAACUCCCCCGCGUUUGAGCACACGUUCUAUGAAGUGACGAUUCCAGAGAAUAGCAUGCUUGGCUCACUGAUUACCACUGUGUCCGCCUGGGACCUAGACUCGGGAAUUAAUGGUGAAGUAUCCUAUGCCUUUUCCCAUGCUUCAGAGGAUAUUCGAAAAACAUUCACAAUUAACAAAAACUCUGGAGAAAUAAGUUUAAUAGGCUAUUUGGACUAUGAAACAACUGAAUCCUACUCAAUAAUCAUUAAAGGUACUGAUCGGGGAGGACUUUUUGGGAAAUCUACAGUAAGAAUUCAGGUGAUAGAUGUGAAUGACAAUUUUCCUGAAAUUGCUGUGUCAUCAUUUAUCAGUCCAAUCCCAGAAAACACCGCAGAGACUUUAGUUAUGAUUUUUAGUAUCCGAGACAAGGACUCCGGAGACAACAGCAGGAUGGUCUGUUCUAUUCCAGAGGAUCUCCCGUUUGUGCUAAAAUCUUCUAUUGAAAAUUACUACCACUUGGAAACUGAGGGGGCCCUGGACAGAGAGAGCAGAGCCGAGUACAACAUCACCAUCACCGUCUCCGACAUGGGCUCACCCAGGCUCACAACGCAGCACACCAUAACAGUGCAGGUGUCCGACAUCAACGACAACGCCCCCGCCUUCACCCAAUCCUCCUACACCCUGUCUGUCCGCGAGAACAACAGCCCCGCCCUGCACAUAGGCACCAUCAGAGCCACAGACUCAGACUCUGGCUCCAAUGCCCACAUCACCUACUCGCUGCUGCCUCCCAAUGACCAGCAGCUGGCUUUGACCUCACUCAUCUCCAUCAACGCUGACAAUGGGCAGCUGUUCGCGCUCAGGGCACUGGACUACGAGGCGCUGCAGGCCUUCGAGUUCCUCGUGGCCGCCACAGACCAAGGCUCACCCUCCCUAAGCAGCCAGAUGCUGGUGCGCGUCCUGGUGCUGGAUGACAAUGACAAUGUGCCCUUCGUGCUCUACCCUCUGCAGAACGCCUCUGCGCCCUGCACUGAGCUGCUGCCCAGGGCUGCGGAGCCUGGCUACCUGGUCACCAAGGUGGUGGCAGUGGACCGCGACUCUGGCCAGAACGCCUGGCUGUCAUUCCAGCUGCUCAAGGCCACGGAGCCAGGGCUGUUCAGCGUGUGGGCGCACAAUGGCGAGGUGCGCACCACCAGGCUGCUGAGUGAGCGCGAUGCCCCCAAGCACAGGCUGCUGCUGCUGGUCAAGGACAAUGGCGAUCCUCAGCGCUCUGCCAGUGUCACUCUGCAUGUGCUGCUGGUGGAUGGCUUCUCCCAGCCCUACCUGCCUCUGCCAGAGGUGGCGCGCGACCCCACUCAGGAUGGUGAAGAUGUGCUCACGCUGUACCUAGUCAUCGCCUUGGCGUCUGUGUCUUCGCUUUUCCUCCUGUCUGUGCUUCUAUUCGUCGGGGUGAGGCUGUGCAGGAGGGCCAGGGCGGCAUCACUGGGUAGCUGCUCUGUUCCUGAGGGACACCUACCUGGCCACCUGGUGGACAUCAGCGGUACAGGAACCCUGUCCCAGAGCUACCAGUAUGAGGUGUGUCUGAUGGGAGGUACUGGGACAAAUGAGUUCAGAUUCUUGAAGCCAGUUUCCCCCAAUCUACCACCCCAGUUCCCUGGGAAAGAAGUGGAGGGGAGUCCUUCCUUACGCAAUAGUUUGGGGUUCUUUAGUGACUGUACCUGAUGCUGUGUUUAUCUCUGAAUUUGCAUGAACUUCAAACUUCCUAAUGUUUGCAUUUUAUAAUGUCUUUUCCACUUUUCAAUUUAUAUCGGCGCUUGCAAUAAGAUGGUACUUUAUUCUCUAGCUCAUUCUCCAGGAUGUCCUAACUUGUAGAUAAUUCACCUCCUUAAACAACACAAAAUCACUCCCCGCCCCCAUCUGACUCUUCCAGUUGCACUUUCACCUGCACGUUUGCUUAUGAUGAAAUAAAGAGACCAUUUUAGGAGUAGUUGAAA